GGCCUUUCCAAGGAGGAGGUGGCGAGGCUGAAGCAGCGCCGGAGGACGCUGAAGAACCGGGGUUACGCCGCCAGCUGCCGGGUAAAGCGCGUCUGCCAGAAGGAAGAGCUGCAGAAGCAGAAGAUGGAGCUGGAAUGGGAGGUGGACAAGCUGGCCCGGGAGAACGCUGCCAUGCGCCUGGAGCUCGACGCUCUCCGCGGCAAGUACGAGGCCCUGCAGGGCUUCGCCCGCACUGUGGCCGCCCACGGGCCCCCCCGCAAGGGUGGCACUGUGGCCACUGCCAGCGUCAUCACCAUCGUCAAGUCCGGCGCCAACCAGGCCGCCUAUUCCUAG